UGAGUGUUACCGUCAGGAGCAAUGACAUCAGGAUUUUAAAACAACUUGUUAUUCGGGGAGUAAUCAGUUGCAAUUAGGCAUUAAUUAAGUAUUAUGAAAGUUGAUUAUUUAAGUGAAUUCGGCUUUCGACUCUCCGACUAUGAGUUUGGGACCAAGGAGCGGAGAAUGGAUCUUGGAACAGCUGAAGGCACCCGGUGCACCGACCCACCCGCAGGCAAGCCUCCAAUGGCAGCCAAGCGCAAAGGCGGCCUGAAACUCAACGCCAUUUGUGCCAAGCUGAGCCGACAGGUGGUCGUGGAGAAGGGAGCAGAGGCUGGCUCCCAAGCUGAAGGUAGCCCACUACGUCCCCGGGACAAAGAGCGCAGUGGCCCCGAGUCUGGAGUUACCCGGGCUCCCCGGAGUGAAGAAGACAAGAGACGGGCAGUGAUUGAGAAAUGGGUCAAUGGGGAAUACAGCGAAGAGCCUGCACCCACACCAGUGUUGGGGCGCAUUGCCCGUGAGGGCCUGGAGCUGCCCCCAGAGGGCGUCUACAUGGUCCAGCCGCAGGGCUGCAGUGAUGAAGAAGACCACGCAGAGGAGCCCUCGAAGGACAGCGGUGUACUGGAGGAGAAGGACUCAGAUGGUACGGCUGCAAAAGAUGACAGCGGCCCGAGCGCCAAGCAGGCUUCAGGAGAAACCUCCUCUCUGAGGGACUAUGCCGCCUCCACCAUGACCGAGUUUCUGGGCAUGUUCGGCUAUGACGACCAGAACACUAGGGAUGAGCUGGCCAGGAAGCUCAGCUUCGAGAAGCUGCAUGCAGGCUCCACCCCCGAGGCGGCUGCCUCUUCCAUGUUGCCCACCUCUGAGGAUACUCUCAGCAAGCGGGCACGUUUCUCCAAAUACGAGGAAUAUAUCCGUAAACUCAAGGCUGGCGAGCAACUUCCCUGGCCAGCCCAUGGCAGCAAGGCCGAGGACCGGGCAGGCAAGGAGGUGGUGGGCCCGUUGCCCAGCCUACGGCUACCCAGCAACACCACCCACCUGGAAACCAAGGCCACCAUCCUGCCACUGCCAUCACACAGCAGUGUCCAGAUGCAGAACUUGGUAGCCCGUGCUUCCAAGUAUGACUUCUUCAUCCACAAACUGAAGACGGGUGAGAACCUGAGGCCUCAGAACGGAAGCACAUACAAGAAACCAUCCAAGUAUGACCUGGAAAACGUCAAGUACCUGCACCUCUUCAAACCCGGGGAGGGCAGCCCAGACAUGGGCGGGGCCAUUGCCUUCAAGACAGGCAAGGUGGGGCGCCCCUCCAAGUACGACGUUCGGGGCAUCCAGAAACCAGGCCCUACCAAGGUUCCGCCCACCCCCAGCCUGGUUUCUACGCCCCUCGCCAGUGUGCCCAGCACCCCCAGCGCCCCUGGGCCGGGACCUGAGCCACCUGCCUCCCUGUCCUUCAACACUCCCGAGUACCUGAAGUCAACCUUUUCCAAAACAGACUCCAUCACCACAGGAACUGUCUCCACUGUCAAGAACGGAUUGCCCACAGAUAAACCAGCUGUCACCGAAGAUGUAAACAUUUACCAGAAAUAUAUUGCCAGGUUCUCAGGGAGUCAACACUGUGGCCACAUCCAUUGCGCCUACCAGUACCGAGAGCACUAUCACUGCCUGGACCCGGAGUGCAACUACCAGAGGUUCACAAGUAAGCAGGACGUGAUCCGACAUUACAACAUGCACAAGAAGCGCGACAACUCCCUGCAGCAUGGCUUCAUGCGCUUCAGCCCGCUGGAUGACUGCAGUGUCUACUACCACGGCUGCCACCUCAAUGGGAAGAGCACCCACUACCACUGCAUGCAGGUGGGAUGCAACAAGGUGUACACGAGCACCUCAGAUGUGAUGACCCAUGAGAACUUCCACAAGAAGAACACCCAGCUCAUCAACGAUGGCUUCCAGCGCUUCCGAGCCACCGAGGACUGCGGCACAGCUGACUGCCAGUUCUACGGGCAGAAGACCACGCACUUCCACUGCAGGCGCCCCGGCUGCACAUUCACCUUCAAGAACAAGUGUGACAUCGAGAAGCACAAGAGCUACCACAUCAAGGACGACGCCUACGCCAAGGACGGCUUCAAGAAGUUCUACAAGUACGAGGAGUGCAAAUAUGAGGGCUGUGUGUACAGCAAGGCCACCAACCACUUCCACUGCAUCCGCGCAGGCUGUGGCUUCACCUUCACCUCCACCAGCCAGAUGACCUCACACAAGCGCAAGCACGAGCGCAGACACAUCCGCUCCUCGGGCGCCUUGGGGCUGCCAGCCUCGCUGCUGGGCACCAAGGACACGGAACACGAGGAAUCCAGCAACGAUGACCUCGUGGACUUCUCCGCCCUGAGCAGCAAGAACUCCAGUCUGAGCGCCUCCCCCACCAGUCAGCAAUCUUCCGCGUCCCUGGCCGCCGCCGCGUCUGCCACCACCACUGAGGCUGGACCCAGCGCCACGAAGCCUUCCAAUAGCAAGAUGGCCGGCCUGCUGCCCCAGGGCCUGUCUGGUUCCAUUCCCCUAGCAUUGGCCCUCUCCAACUCAGGCCUCCCCACAACCGCACCCUACUUCCCUCUCCUUCCUGGCCGCGGGAGCACCUCACUGCCUGUGGGAUCUCCAGGGCUCCUGGGAGCCAUGCCCUCUGUGGCCACAACAUCAGCAACCCCUGACAUGCCAGCUCUGGUGGCUUCUGGAGCUGGAGACUCAGCCCCCGCGGCUGCCACCUCUCUCCCGGUGCCCCCUGCCUCCAUCAUGGAAAGGAUCUCUGCGAGCAAAGGCCUCAUCUCACCCAUGAUGGCUAGACUGGCUGCGGCCGCCCUCAAGCCCUCUGCCACCUUUGACCCAGGAAGUGGGCAGCAGCCCACCCCCAGCAAGUUCACCCAGGCCCAGGUGAAGCAGGAACCUGGUGACAGUGCUGGCACCCCAGGCCCCCACGAGGCCUCCCAAGACCGCAGUCUAGACCUGACUGUGAAGGAGCCCAGUAAUGAAUCAAAUGGCCAUGCAGUCCCGGCAAAUUCAUCUCUUUUAUCCUCGCUUAUGAAUAAGAUGUCUCAGGGCAACCCCAGCCUCGGUAACUUGCUGAACAUCAAGACAGAAGUGGAGGGGAGUCCUGCUGUGGAGCCCUCACCUUUCCUGGGCAAGGCCGUGAAGGCGCUAGUUCAGGAGAGGCUGGCGGAGCCCUGGAAGGUGUAUCUCCGCAGGUUUGGUACCAAGGACUUCUGUGAUGCCCAGUGCGACUUCCUCCACAAGUCCCAUUUCCACUGCGUGGUGGAGGAGUGUGGUGCGCUUUUCAGCACCCUGGACGGGGCCAUCAAGCAUGCCAACUUCCACUUCCGGACGGAGGGAGGAGCAGCAAAGGGAACUACAGAGACUUCCUUCCCAGCCUCUGCAGCUGAGACCAAACCUCCCUUGGCGCCCUCGUCCCCGCCAGCACCCCCUGGCACCAUGAUCCCUGGAUCUUCUUUGGAAGGGCCUGCUCCCAGCCCAGCCUCCGUGCCCUCCACCCCUACCCUGCUCGCCUGGAAGCAGCUGGCUUCCACCAUACCCCAGAUGCCUCCGAUCCCCUCAUCGGUGCCUCACCUGCCCACUUCGCCCCUGGCGACGACGUCUCUAGAGAGCGCCAAGCCUCAGGUCAAACCCGGGUUCCUCCAGUUCCAGGACAACGAUCCAUGCCUGGCGACGGACUGCAAGUAUGCCAGCAAGUUCCACUUCCACUGUCUCUUCGGGAACUGCAAGUACGUCUGCAAGACCUCGGGCAAGGCCGAGUCCCACUGCUUGGACCACAUCAACCCCAGCAACAGCCUGGUGAACGUGCGGGAUCAGUUUGCUUACUACUCUCUGCAGUGUCUGUGUCCCAACCAGCACUGCGAGUUCCGGAUGCGAGGACACUACCACUGCCUCCGGACGGGCUGCUACUUUGUCACCAACAUUACCACCAAGCUUCCCUGGCAUAUAAAGAAGCACGAGAAAGCAGAGCGGCGGGCGGCCAAUGGGUUCAAAUACUUCACCAAACGUGAGGAAUGCGGAAGACCAGGCUGCAAGUACAACCAGGUGAAUAGCCACUUCCACUGCAUCCGGGAAGGCUGCCAGUUCUCCUUCCUCCUCAAGCACCAGAUGACUUCGCAUGCCCGCAAACACAUGCGGAGGAUGCUAGGGAAGAACUUCGACCGUGUGCCCCCGUCCCAGGGUCCCCCAAGUCUGAUGGAUGCUGAAACAGACGAGGGCAUGGAUUAUACGGGCUGUAGCCCCGGUGCCGCGUCCUCCGAGUCCUCUACCAUGGACCGCAGCUGCUCCAGCACCCCCGUGGGCAAUGAGAGCACCGCGGCAGGGAACACCAUCUCCAUGCCGACAGCCUCAGGGGCUAAAAAGCGCUUUUGGAUCAUCGAGGACAUGUCUCCCUUUGGCAAGCGGAGGAAGACAGCCUCCUCUCGCAAAAUGCUGGACGAGGGCAUGAUGCUGGAGGGUUUCCGGCGCUUCGACCUCUACGAGGACUGCAAGGACACGGCCUGCCAGUUCUCGCUCAAGGUCACCCACUACCACUGCACGCGGGAGAACUGCGGCUACAAGUUCUGUGGGCGCACGCACAUGUACAAGCAUGCCCAGCACCACGACCGCGUGGACAACCUGGUGCUGGACGACUUCAAGCGCUUUAAGGCCACGCUCAGCUGCCACUUCGCUGACUGCCCGUUCUCGGGCACCAGCACUCACUUCCACUGCCUGCGCUGCCGCUUCCGCUGCACCGACAGCACCAAGGUCACUGCGCACCGCAAGCACCACGGCAAACAGGACGUGAUCAGCGCCGCCGGCUUCUGCCAGUUCAGCUCGAGCGCCGACUGCGCAGUGCCCGACUGCAAGUACAAGCUCAAGUGCUCGCACUUCCACUGCACCUACCCGGGCUGCCGCCACACGGUGGUGGGCAUGUCGCAGAUGGACUCUCACAAGCGCAAGCACGAGAAGCAGGAGCGAGGGGAGCCUCCCGCCGCCUCGCCCGGUGCGCCAGUCAACCUGGACGGCUCGCUCACGCUGGCUGCCGAGCCGGGCUCGCUGCUCUUCCUGCAGACAGCGGCUGCGGGCCUGGGCCUCCUGGGAGACGCAGGGGACCCCGGCCCGCCUGCCACCGUCCCCGGGCCUCGCGACGGCCCUGCUGCGCCCGCCCCCGCCGCCUCUGCCACCAUCACCGCUGGGGAGUCCUCUCAGGAGGACGAUGAGGAAGAGCUGGAGAUGCCCGAGGAGGAGGCCGAGGACGACGACGAGGAUGACGAUGAAGAGGACGACGACGAGGAGGAGGAAGAUGAUGAUGAUGACGACGAGGACCUGCGCACCGACUCGGAGGAGUCACUGCCCGAGGCUGCAGGCGAGGCGGGCGCGCGGACCCCGCUGGCGGCCCUAGGUGGCCCCAGCCCGGCGCCCACCGCCACAUCACCCUAG